AUGGCGGCAGCUGGCGGCGGUCGUGGCUCCCAGCCCGGGCUGGCUUCGGCGCCGGGCAGCGCCGGAGACAGCUCCCUCCUCGGUAGCGCCACAGUGUGGCCCUUGAAGCGCUACGGUCGCUUCCUCCCGCCGAAGGACGGUGACUGUGAGGGGCAGAACACCUCUUGGAAGGUGUUUGAAUCAAAUGAAGAAUCAGGCCCCCUUGUUCUUACCAUUGUGGAGUCUGGCCAUUUCUUUAUUUCCCAAGGGCGAACAGUGCUGGAAGGAUUUUCCCUGAUUGAUUCCCACAAGUGGCUGAAGAUAGUGAGGAGAGCAGAGUGCCUGCUGCUCCGGGCAGAGGCCAAGAACGAGUGCCGCAUGUUCCGUGUGCAGUUCGGAGGGAGCUGCAGGGAGGAGAUGCAGGAGCACUGCUGCAGCUGUGUCCAGAAACUCAGCGAGUACGUCCCGGUGCAGCGGGCUGAGGAGCAGAGCCUCAGCCAGGACACCCAGGGCAUGGACACUGAGCACGCACCAGAUGAGCCUCUCUCAGACUCCUGCACAAGCCUUGGAGAAAGAAGAUCUGUAGCACAGCUUGCACAGGCGGUGCUGCGGCAGCGGCCGGAGCUGCCCCCGGCGUGCCGGCACCCGGCCUGGAGCGCCCGCGAGCUGGGGCCCUUCAUCCGCCUCUGCCUCAUGGACCAGCACUUCCCCGCCUUCGUGGAGGACGUGGAGAAGGAGCUGCACAGACUCGCCCAGGAGUGAGGCACGCCCGGCCCUGCGGGGGGUGCACACAGCUCUGGUGAUUAAAGGUUGAAAAACGAGGCCUACGGCGGUUUUUGUCGGUGUUUUAUUUUUAAAAACAGGUGAAUCCACUUUUUAUACAUCAUUGCACUUCAACAAAUACACAGAACACGAGUUCAUGCAGCUACAGUUACGCACAUCAUGAGAACCCUGGUAGGUCUAUUUCUACAAUCUUUAAAUCAUGAGAAAUUACAGUGUCAAACUAAAGAGGAAUAACUAGUUGCAUAGAAUAUCACCAUGCUGUAACAUUUCAUCA